CGGAGUUUGCACUCAUUACGGGUUUGGACUUCUCCUCGGGGCCAACAGAAGAGGAGAAGGCUGCGCAGGUCGCGCGCUCGGGGUCAGACCGAUUGAUCAACAAAUAUUUCAACCGGUCUGAUAGUGUGAAGACAGAAGCACUCCAACUUCAGUUCACAAACUGCCAGAACCCGGAAGACUUGUACAAGCUCGGCUUGUGCUUGUUUGUGGAGUCAGUGCUUCUGGGCCGCGAGGCCAACGCGCUGAUCACGCCUCACAUCAUUAGAUAUGUGGAAGACCUCGAGUUCUUCUUCCGGAUUCCUUGGGGGAAGCACUCAUUCGCCAGACUCAUGCACUCGCUUCAGAAAGACAUGUUGAAACAGAAGGCCAACUACGAGAAGAAGCUGAGUUCGGAUGUUCAGCACGAGUGCAAAUACACAGCAUAUGUCGAGCUGAAGAAGGCAUACGAGACCAGCCAUGUAGAGCUGAAGGGUGGUCAGAACGUAAUUAUGGAGCAGCUCAGACACAUAUUGGCCAUGUUGAAUCGUCCGCCAACGACAGCUUCAGCACCGGAGGCCCCAGCAGAUCCAUCUACCCCACCACCAGCUGCUUCACCCCCAGUAGAAGAGGAUGAGGUCUUCCCCGACGAUUACGAUCCUUAUGAGGGAGCUCCAGCGACUCCGAUCGAGGCACAACCUCUUAUCCAUGUACAUGACACCGAGUCGCAGGGUGAGAUUCUGUCCAUAGAGGCACAACCUGCAGUGGUUAAGAGUCGGAAGAGGAAGAGAAAGCCUCCUGUAUGGUUCGGUGACUAUACGGAGAUGAAGAGGAGACAUAGGCCAUCUUCGACUUUUGAUCCCCUGGAGCCACCGGAUGAGAAAUUGUUAACCACUUUCCGAAAGUGGUGUGUUGGACUCAUUCCGAACCACCGACUUCGGGAUUUGAGAAGUGGUGAUUACGGUCCAGGAUUCUUUUGGAUAAUGCUCACACCAAAGGAAUGGCUUACAGAUGACCAUAUAGAUGCAGCAAUGCAUAUGCUGAGGAGGCGACGCACCGACUAUCCACUGACAUUUCCUCAGAAGGGUAUCAUUCUCUCCACAUUCGUGACCGCCAUGAUCAGCAGUGCAUGGACGAGCCACAAGGGUCCGAGGAAAAACUUUAAAUGGGAGGAAUAUAUCCUGGACUACUGCACAGGGUUUCAUAAGUCCCAAGUCUUUGAGAGAUGGAGGGGUAACGAGUUUAUUUACUUCGUUCUGCACCUUCCCACGGCAAGACACUGGGUCACAGUUGAAGUCGACAUAGAGCUGUGGAAAAUUAAUGUCUACGACUGUGAUUCCAGCGUCUGUCAUUGGACCGUCAUGGAACCCAUCUUGAAGGUUUGGUCAGAACUGCUGCCCUCGCUAAUCCUUGCAACCGGGGAAUUUCCACAUAACAACCAGAUCAUGGCGUUAGCUAACGGUGACAUCACGGUGCUUCCAAAAAUGCACGCGACUCGAGCCACUCACGACUUAGUUCCGAAGUCAGCAACCAGUGGUGAUUGUGGCGUGUAUUGCAUUGAGUAUGUGGAGCAUCUCAUGAUGCAGCGUGGAUUGACCGAUGUGACGCCAGACCGGAUAGCCAUGUUUCGUCAACGGUGGUGUGUCGAUUUAUUUUACCAAAAUGUCGGCUGAUUAUAUGUGUAAUUAUUGGGACAUUGUAUAUUUUGUGUAAUUAACAUUACAGUUAUGUAUAUAUAGGUUUUCUUUUCGUUCAAA